AUGAGCGACGCCUACGAUUUUCGCCCCGGUGGCUCCCUCAAGUUGAAAGGUGGAGGGGAGAAGAAGAAAAAACAUAAAUCCUCGUCCCAAACCUCUUCGAAAAAAGCUAUUCUUGGGGAAGACCCAGUCGCCAAAGCAAAACCCGUUGAAACGCAAACCAAGGAUAAUUCCCCUGUCCCUUCUGGUAGUAGACACGAAUCUCCGGCUGGUACUUCUUCGGGUAAUGCUUCAAGUUCGAAAAAGACUGCCGCGGAAAUUCGGUUCGAAGAGACUCAGCGAAAACGGCGAUUGGAACGUGUUGCCAAACUUGCGUCUAAGACACACAAAGACAGAGUUCAUGAGUUCAAUGCUAAGCUUGAAUCUCUCAGCGAACACCAUGACAUCCCUAAGGCAGGUCGGACCAGGAUAAGACAUGGAAAACUGCGUGCCUUUGUCCAUAUAGUUACUAUUAUUGGUAUCGCGGAUUGA